AUUUCAAAACGCUUCCACAAAUCAUCCACCCUUGAUUUUUACGCAUAAAAAUCCGACCGCUAUGAGUGACGUCCAGACCUUGGUGGAUAUGGGGUUUCCCCGGGAGCGAGUGGAAUACGCUCUGCAGGUGACCGGCAGCAAGGGCGUGGAACCGGCCAUGGAGUGGCUGCUGGCCCAUAUUGACGAGGAGAUUCCAUCCGCAGGAUUGCGUGAAGCUGCAGGGGCCGAAGCAGCAGCAGCACCCUCAGCCAGCGGCGACGAGUCGGCCCCGGCACCUAGCAGCAGCAGCGGAGGAGGCGGGGCCGAAGGCGGCACUGGGGAAAAGUCUGGCGAGUCGACGGUGGCCAAGUCGUUGAAGUGCGACGACUGCGGCAAAGUGCUCAAAGAUCAUUCGGAAGUCGAGUACCAUGCUGCCAAGACCGGGCACAGCAACUUCUCCGAGUCCACGGAGGAGAAAAAGCCCCUCACCGAGGAAGAGAAGAGGCUCCAGCUGGCUGUGAUCGAGGAAAAGCUCAAGCAGAAGCGCAUAGAGCGCGAGGAGCGCGAGAAGGUGGACGCCCUGGAGCGCGAGCGGAAUCGCAUUCGUUCGGGCAAGGACAUGACCGAGGCCAAGCGUCGCAUGGAAGAGAUCGAGAUGAAGAAGAUCGUGGAUCAGCGCAAGCGCGAAAAGGAGGAAGAGAAGGUGGCCCGCGAUCGGGUUCGUGCUCAAAUCGAGGCAGACAAGGCCGCCCGCAAGGCCAGAGAAAAUAAGGAAACACCCAACAAGGAGCCUGCUCCAUCCGUGAGCUCCACCACGGUCAGCUCUCCCACCGGCGUAAAGUCGCCGCCACGUGACUACACUGAGACCCGCAUCCAAGUGCGCCUACAAGAUGGCUCUACCCUCACCGAGACCUUCAACGUGAAGGAGCAGCUGUCGGCCGUGCGCGUGUUCAUCCAAGUGAAGACCGGCAUCGAGACGCCCUUCUCCUUGAUGACCACAUUUCCGCGAAAGCUCUAUGCCGAGGAGGACUACGAGAAGCCGCUGGAGGUGCUCGGCCUUGUCCCCUCCGCCGUCAUCACCAUGACCAAGACGGCUGCGUAAGGACCGCACCGUCAGCGACAGCGACCGCAACUACUAGAAUAUCUAAAUCUAUCAAGGCGCGCGAUAAUCUCCCCUCCCCCCAAAAAACAACACUUUAAAUGUACGAUUUUAUAUUAUAUUACAACUAAAAAAGGAAACGAAAACGAAA